AUGUUUGAGAUCAAAUGGAAGGGGUUGGUAAAUAUAUAAUUAAUUAUUUUAGCUUAAUCAAUAAAUUUAUUUAAUUCUUUGUCCAUUACUUAGGUCAAUAAUAUAUAGUUUACAAUAAAUAGACAUUUAAUAUGAAAGUGUUUAAAAAUACAAAUAUUAAUAAAAUUAUAAAUUUCUAUUAUUAAUAUUUUUUUGGUUGAGAAUGGUGAAGGCUUUCCAGGUCUUGAGUGAUUUGGCCUGGGGUAUAUCAAGCCCUAAUUCGAGUAGGGAUACCCCCUUUGAACCAAAUGAGAAGAGAAGAAAUAGUCCGAAGUACAAGGAAUUGUCCCCUUAUUCAUAAAGCGGGACCCAUUAUCUCUUUAGUUUGA